ACUCAUACGCUACUGCAAUUAUAGUGACUGAAUAUAAUAUGCCUAAAUAAAUAUUUGAAUGAAACCCUGCAUUACUGUAUGAUACAAUAUAACAGUACUGUGUUGUAUGGGGGUGCUUGUGUUAAACUAAUCAGUCUGCAUUGCAAUGUGUAUUCCCCAAAGUUAAUGAAUAACACUCAUUCAUAAUACAACUAACAUAUUCUUCAGUUUGUACAAGAAACAUCACACCAUUAUUUACUGCGCGUUUGAUCUUUUAGAAGGAACAGGUUCUCUACCCCCAGCUCCCCUGGCUUUUUAAUUCAUUGGCUGACACGAGUCCCGCCUCUUUUACCAGGCCGGUAACUUCCUGUUGGCCAGUUCCCGUUUGUGCGCAUGAGCAGUGAAAUUGAAGUCUGUAUGGGUCUAAAUUUUUUGCAAAUUUUUUUUUUUUUAAUCUCUUGGAAAGAACAUAAUUUUUACCUGAAUUAUCAAGUUUGUUUUACAAGGACCGCGCACACAGACAAAGAGGCAGCUACACUCCCUGAAAUGUCAAAUCUGAAUUGGAAGCCUUUUAUUUAUGGAGGUCUGGCAUCGAUUGUUGCCGAGUUUGGUACCUUUCCUAUUGACCUCACCAAGACCCGGCUUCAGGUCCAGGGACAGACAUUCAAUGCCCAUUACACAGAGAUCCGGUACAAGGGUAUGUUUCAUGCCUUGCUGAGAAUAGUGAGGGAAGAAGGAUGCCUUGCUCUUUACUCUGGGAUUUCUCCAGCUCUCUUGCGACAAGCGUCUUAUGGCACGAUUAAGAUUGGCACUUACCAAACCUUGAAACGUUUGUUUGUAAGCCGCCCAGAAGAUGAGACGAUGGUUAUCAACGUUUUCUGUGGGGUUGUGUCUGGGGUCAUAUCAUCUUCCAUAGCCAACCCUACGGAUGUACUGAAGAUACGUAUGCAGGCUCAGGGGAGUCUGCUCCCAGGAAGCAUGAUCGCAAACUUCAUUGAUAUCUACCAGCAGGAGGGAACUCGUGGGCUGUGGAGGGGCGUUAUCCCCACUGCUCAGAGAGCAGCCAUUGUUGUUGGUGUGGAACUUCCCGUCUAUGACAUCACCAAAAAGCAUUUGAUCCUCUCGGGUCUGAUGGACGACACCAUCCUUACGCAUUUCAUAUCCAGCUUCACGUGUGGCCUGGCCGGAGCCCUGGCGUCCAAUCCAGUGGAUGUGGUGCGAACGCGCAUGAUGAACCAGCGAGUCCUGGCUGGGAACACAGUGCUUUACAAGGGAACAUUGGAUGGGCUGCUGCACACUUGGAAGAACGAGGGCUUUUUUGCACUUUACAAAGGAUUCUGGCCCAAUUGGCUACGCCUGGGACCAUGGAAUAUCAUUUUUUUCAUCACUUACGAGCAGCUGAAGAAACUCCCCUUGUAGUGGCCAAACAAAAUAUGUGCUUGUUCUAUUCUCCUGUGAUUGGGGGAGUCAGCCUGACAUUGUCCUGCUUGCCUUCUCUAUGAAACUCCCAAACACACAAUGCAGGGAUUUCCUCUUGCACUGGUCACAGUAUGCCUCACACCCGUUUUCAUUUGCGUUGUAUUUGUAUGUUAUUUAAUAUUAUUUAUUUAUUGUUGUGUUUAGACACAAAUCAAUGCAAAAGAAUAAGCCGUCCGUCGGGCUGCGUGGCAUAUCAAAGCAUCUCUGUGGAGGUUGUAUGAAUAAAGAGGGAAGAGGAUGACGAAUGAUCGGAGGAAGGAAGGAAAGCAGGAAAUGGAAUUCACAUUUCAAAAUUCUGAAUGUCUUAACUUUUUGAGGGUGGACAACUUGCUGAGUUGCUGAGUUGUCCACCCUCUUUGCCCUAGAAUCGCCUGAUACCAAAAAAAAGGUCCCCAUUUAAAAAACAGCCCGCUUACAUCUGUGUGACAGCAGAGUCAUCAGAGGCAGCUUUGUGGCGCUGUCAGAAUUUGUAGCUUCGUGUUCACGUGUAGAUUGUUUCAGAUGCCAUUACAUACAUGAGGGUUGCUCAUAAUGUGGUCAGGGGGAAUUAGUGAAGUUUGGUUAAGGAAGCCAAGACAUUAAUAUAAGUAACUCUUACAGUGUUGUCGUAGUUUGUUUUUGUCUGUAACAUGGCGUAUAGUUUGUUCUUUAUAUUCAAGGGUUAAAAUGUGUUGCAUGGCUGUGCUGUCUGAGCAGCCUUAUAAAUUAAGGGAAAACUUGUUUCUUGCAGAAAAACAAGAUGUAAUACAGAACCAUUCUAUGAGACCUUCCUGACGCUUUGGCUGGACUAGGUAAAUGUGGUCUUCAGAUGACAUGCAUAUACAUUAAUUGAGAACAGACACAGGAAAAGUGGUGUCUGAAAGCAGUUUUAAUAGGGGGGGAAAAAAACAGAAGAGCAAAUUCCACACUCCAUGUUCAUUGAUCAAGUGCCAAGUGAAUGUUUUGUUAAGGAGUAGAUGAGAAUCUACUAAUAACCCUGUUAGCGCAGGAGUGUUUGUCAUUUCAAGUCAUCAUGCAAGUUUUUUAGCAUUUUAUUUUUUAAAAUAUUUCAGAUUUUCCAGACCUGCGUCAUCCAUGGAAAAUACUUUUUAUUUUUUAUGUUUUACUGUGCGAAAUUCAUAUCCCGAUUCCUGCAUUGUAAGUCAGAAGUCGGACUAAAGAAGGCAUAUCCUGGAUAUAACCGUGUAUGAUUCAGAACUUUAUGUGCCUUUUACUGUUGAAGAAUGUCCCAAAAAAACAGAUGGUAGCAUUGAGUAAUACAGUCAAGAAGAUCAGAGAGGUGCUCGGUGAGAAGUCGUGUUUGCCUGCGGGCUUGCCUGUAAGCUGCCCAGAGCUGCGUUGUCCUCCGACGCUGUAGCUCUCGGUCGCUGCAUGGUGGGUCUGCAGUGUGAAAGGAAGCGGUCGGCAGACAGCGCACCAUCUUUGGAGGACAGCGCAGGGGUGGUAGCGGUGAGCUGAGCCUAAAAAUAAUUGGCUAUUCCAAAUUGGGAGAAAAAAUUAUAAAAACAAUUGAUGACUACUAAAUUUGGAAAAAAAAAAAAAAUAGUAUUGCAUUUGCCUGCAAAACUGUUAGAAUUUUUGAAUACAGUAUUACAAUCAGUAGGAGUCAUUGUGUUUGUGUGGAGAGAGAGCAUUAGAAAAAUAUUUUUUUAUAUUUGUAAAGUUGUGUUUUCUUUGUUUUGUUUUGUUGCUUGCAAUAACUUGUGCACAGCAGUAAUAAUGACCCCUGACUCAUAGUGAAGACUGGGGCUGAGCUGGGAGUACCACAAACCAGUAUUUCCUGGCUCUCCGUACUUGAACACAACUGUCACUACACUCCUUCCUACAGGGUGAGAUCAUUCCUCUUUAUCUGUGCAACAUCCUGAUUCUUCUUCCUUAAGAAUCUUGUGAGUGGUGAAACGAGCUGCAUGAUUUCACAUUGCUGUGCUUGGGUUUUUUUUUUUUUUUUCACUAGCUGGCUGCUGUCCCAUUGUUGGUAUGGUCUGUUUAGGGAGAUCUGUUGCAUUUAAGCUGCCUUUGCACUUUUUAAUUGCUUCUUUGAAAUGAUAUACUGUACAUAGUACUGCUGAUUCAUUUCAGUAAAUGGAAUGUAUUAUUUCAUUGUGUAAUAUGUAACUAAACAUCUGAACAGGUGUACCCAUGCUUCUUAGAAUGUCUGUGUAAAUUACACUCCUGUAAUAUUUAAAACAAUCUGUUUAUUUUUAUUUCUAUGAUUUUAUGUUAUGCACUAGGGUUGAGCAAGAGUUAUUUGGUAUCUGGUGUUGGAGGCCUAGCAUGCCUGAAUUGCAAUCCUGUUUUAAAGUUCAGAUGCACUUGUAUAUAUAAUCUUAACUUUAAACAACUGUGAAGGUAAAAUACAUCUGAGAAGCUGGUGAUGGAACGUGUGCUGUGCGGACAGGAACAUAACUGAAACACACUUCGCUGUGCUGUACCCCUCAAAUUAGCCAGGUCUGGAACCCUCGAAGCCCCUAUUGCUCUGCCCAUCGGCAGCUUUAAAAAGCUGAGCGUUGGCCCUCUGUUCCCCCCCUUCCUCUUCUGUCCUCUGGUUUGUUGGCUGUAUUUACAGUGGUACAUACAGUAAACAGCUACAAUGAGAAACUUGUUUGCUACUUCAGUUCUGGUUUGGAUUAGAAUAAUCGCGAAAGGCCUCUUGCAAAAUUUAGAUUUUGAUUCCACUCGGUCCUUCCUAGUUGGAAUGAAUGGUUUCUCUGUUUCUGAACAGUUAAAUCUCCAGAGGAUUUUAACACCGUCUCUAGGCAACUCUGACUAUACCAUUGUGUGCUGCUGAGUGAAGCUCCGCCUGUACUAUACCACACAAAAGUGGGCCACACAUCACUACUCUUUACUCUGUCAACCAGCAAUUAUUCUGUCGAAUGAAGAAGGUAAAAACACUAAUCAAGGUUUUAAAAAGCAUUUUCCUACCCAUUUGCAUAAUAUAUUUCUUGAUAAGUCCCUUAUUAUUUUUGCUGUAGAUCCUAUAUUUUCAGGCUUCAUAAAAUUUUACCAUGGUACAUUUUCACAGUAAAGUCACAACCAGGUCUGAGUCUCAACCUUCUCUGGCUGUCCGUAUUGUAUUUUCAAAUUGACAUAAAGCAAAGUUUUGGUAGAGGGAUUUUUUAUUUUUUUUUUCUACCAGACCAAAUUUAUUUAUAUGCCGAUAAAUACAGUGUGAAACAUGAAAUAGAAAUUCCACACCGAGUAUCUCCUAAACUCACAAUCUGCAAUUCGAAAGCUUUAAACAAUAGUAUAAACUUAAAACAUUUACUCGUAAACAUAUUUUGGCAUAUACAAAAUCCUAUACCGUUCUUAAUAUCUUCUAAAUGUUUUGGUGAAUGCAAUGAAAACCUUCUCCAGCACAUACUGUUUUUUGUUUUUUAUUAUACUUUUUUUUUUCUAGUAUUAAACCUGGUUUAUUACUUAAA